AUGACACAAUUAUCGAGUAGACUUUUACUUAACAGAUACCUUUACUCUUUGUGUAAAGAUAGCAAAAGAUUCGCCGGUCAUAGCAAAUGGGCGAACAUAAAGCAUGUGAAAGCGGAAAAAGAUCACGAAAGAAUGGUACUGUUUCGUGAUGUCAUGAUGAAAAUGCGAAUUGCUAUACGAGAGGGCGGCAGUACAAAGCCCAGCAACAAUAUGAAAUUAGCAAAACUUGUUGAACACGCUAAAAAGUUAAACAUGUCUGCCACAACGGUAACAAGUUUUCUGGAGAGAAUGGAAGCACGCAAAAACAAAACUCUCAAAGGAAUAACGGAGGUUCGUGGACCGAAUGGUUACGUUAUGCUGGUAUCUUAUCUAACGGACAAUCCGAAAGCUUUUGCAAUUGAACUAAAUACAAGGCUGAGAAAAACCAGUGGAAAAGUCACGGAUACUUCCGCUAUAAAAAUGUUUACUCAUAUUGGCAGUAUCAUGGUUGAAAAAAAAGGUGAUUUAGAACAGGCUAUGGAAGAUGCUAUUAAUAUUGGUGCAGAGGACGUAGAAGAAUUUAAAGAGAAUGAUAAAGAAUAUUUCCAGUUUAAGUGUGAUCCAAAUCUGGUAAACAAGAUAAAAAAUCUUUUAGAGAAUUAUCAGUAUAGUGUGCUAUCAGCGGAAGAAACUUACAUACCAAAAACUGUAAUACAAUUAAAUGAAUCGGAUUUAGAAGCUAUCUCUAAAAUUCAUGACAAGAUAUCAGACUUAGAAGACAUCACCAAUGUGCACGAUAAUUUAGCAUAAUUUAUAGUACGUUAACAUCAAUGUAUAUAUAACGGAAAAUCAAUGUAUAUAUUUUUAUUCAUUACAUUAAAAACAAAGAAAAAUACACAAAGUUGUAUAAUAUAUCGAUUAUUCACUUCACGAAGGAAUUGCAGUUCUAAAGUGACAUGUUAAAAUCGAUCAACAUUUUAUAGCCCUUUAAUAUAUUUUAUAAAUGUUUUUAUAUAAUUGUAUAUGAUGUACUGGUGUAAGGAACAAAAUAUACAGAAUUAUUUAUAUAUAAG